AGUAGUUUAAAUAGUGCUCGCCUGCUUCUUGUCAUAACUUACAAUAUGGAGCAAAUAUCUUUUGGGUGUUGUGGCUUCCAUCCUUUGUACUUUCAGGGUCAUGUAAUAUCUUUGAGAGUUCCUUUAAGAACUCUUCCUCUGGGACAUCUUCAUCCUUGUUGUCAUAAUCGCUUUCCUUAUUUAUGUUGAAAAGUUUGCCUGUACUAAUUUUCUCUGAUGUGUGUAACUCCCAUUUAUUUUCUUUCCAGGUUUUACUUCUAGCAUUAUCACUUUUCGUUUCUUUGCUUCAUUUUCGUCUUGUUGGCCAGCUCCCUCUCUUGAUUGUCCAUUUUGUAAAUGGGUUUAUCACUGGUAGAGUAGGAGGCAAUACAACUAUAUACUUUGCUGUUUGUGUGUGAACUGAAUAACGUGUCCAAUGACUCAUCACUAACAGACUUUGAAAGAAGUGAUGUGAUUGGUUACUGAUCAUGAUGUACAUCUGUUGUUUACAUGGUGAAUUGUGGACUAAGGAACUCGCAGUAAAGUUUAUAUUUUAUGCAACAACUCAGAGUUCAUAUACCAUGGUAAUUAAAAUUUGAAGUAUGUUGUUGGGGGACUGAUGUUAUUUAAUUAACUAAACUGUGGUAACUGAAAUUUGUGCAUAUUGGGAGUAUGCAAAACAAGUACUACCUGUGUAAAGAGCAUGUACGAAUGAAUACAGAUUUUUCUAAUGUUAGAUUAACUCCUUGCAGGCAGAUUUAUGUUAAUUGUAUUUGUUACUGAAUUGUAGCUAUGGUUUACAGGGAGGAUCAGAUGAUGAGACUGGAUGUAUAUAAAAGUCCUUUGUUAACCACAACACAUAGAGAACAAAUGUGUGUUAUGGUAGGGCAACCAACAUAUACUGAAUAGUUCUAAUAUACCAGGCAGUAUUUUAGAUAUUUUACAUGUAUUAGAUACGUUAUUUGAUUAUUGUAGCAACCUCUGAAGUUUGGUGGUGUUUUAUACUAUCUCAUUUUAUAGAUGAAGAAACUGAGGUACAGAGCUAAUGUAAGUUUAGUAAUUAGCAUCAGAUCCAGGAUUCAAAGUUAGAUAUCUCUGGCUCCAAAUCCAUAUGUAUUUUACAACUCCCAUUUUUCAUGGUGGUUGUUGGGGAUCCUCCCAGAGGCCAUUUGAUAGUGACUAAAUUGAGAGUAAAACAUGAGGAAAGGAGCAUUUUAGCUAUAUUUUAUUUUGUUUGUGGGGCUUUAGGUGAUGAAAUUCAAGUUAAGUAUUUUGGCAAAAAUACUGUACCACUGUGUAUAUAUAUUGCAUUAUAUCAUGAGACACCGUGUCAGGUUACCUCACUCCUGAUGAUGCUAGGUUUGACUCUGUUACAGUUAUGAUUGUCCGGUCUUUCCUGUAAAAAUGUAUUUUUUCCUUUGUAAUUGGAAAGUAAUUUGUGGUGUGGUACCUUGAGGUUCUUCAGCAAUUUGACUGAUCAUCCAUUUAUUUUUAUUUUAUUUUAUUUUAUUUAUUUUUUAUUUUAUAUUUUUUUUACCGAUCAUCAAUUUAUUGUCUUUUCUCAGAUAUACUUUUAUCUUUACAGGUAACCAAAAAAAUUUUUUUUAAAGAUUUUAUUUUUAAAUAAUAUCUGCACCCAACAUAGGGCUAGAAUUCAUAAUCCUGAGAUAAAGAGUUGCAUGCUCCACCAACUGAGCCAGGCAGGCACUCCAAAAAUUAUUAAAAAUUAAAAAAAUUAAAUAACGUAUUUUUUAUUGUAGGAAAGAAUUAGAUGAGCUCGGGAAAAAAGAUCCAAAGCACCAUUGAACUUCUUUUUAUUUUUUUUAAUAACUUUGUAAUUCCUAAAUUAUUUUGGAAUCAUGUGUUCUAUGAAGUAUGUCAAAGGCACUGUUACUGUAUUUUAAUUGUUAACACACAAAUGCACAUUUGACCUGCUAAACUUUUGGAGUUUUUUUCUUACUAAAAAAAUUAUUUUAAAUGUUUAUUAUUUUUGAGAGAGAGCGCAUGAGUCGGGGAGGGGCAGAGAGAGAUGGAGACACAGAACCUGAAGCAGGCUCCAGUCUGAGCUGUCAGCACAGAGCCUGACAUGGGGCUCAAACUCCCGAACCGCAAGAUCAUGACCUGAGCCAGAGUCAGACCCUCAACCGACUAAGCCACCCAGGUGCCCUGGCUUUCUUUUUAAAUUUUUAUCAAUAAGCAAAAUAUAGCACUCAGUUGCAGAAACUCACGAGAAGGUAGAAUUUGAGCUCUGCUUGGUUGGUCUAGAUGUAGUGGCAAAGAAAAAGAGAAGAGUUCUACUUGUGGUUACUGGGUGGAUUGUGGUGACAGGAAUUCAGGAAUCAGGAUUAAGUAAUGGCUUCUCUGGAAACUGAGUCUUGAACUGGUGAGGGAAGAGAGCCAAAGAAAUAAUAAUCUUAGAAAGGAAGACCGGAAAAGCACAAUAUAGAACUUAGUUGUCUUGACAUCGGACCGAAUUUCCUGAGACCCAGUGAGAAGGUAUCUUAAUGUUGGGGGCAAGAUCAAAGAGGGUGCGGUUGUCCCAACAUGGUGGGGGAGGAAAGCUAUAAUUGUUAGCUUUUAAGUUUUGAUGUUCUUUGUAAAGUAAGUCAUGAGGUCAUCAUUUGUAAGGAAAGAUGAUAGAAUGGGGAAUAGAGUUUGGGAAAGGAACUUGAAACAGCAUGUGUAGUAUGAACUGAUACUACUAAAUACAAAAUGAGCAGUACCAAAACUGGAAGGAAAGUAACCAUUUACAUUUAUUUAUUUAUUUACUUACUUACUUACUUACUUAUUUGCUAUAGAAAGCUCUUCAGUUUAUUAUUGGUUACAAACUAUAAUGCCAUGUUUUCCCUAUCACUUUAGUGGGUUUUAUCUAUUUAUUCCUUAAUUGGAGGAUAAGUGUUUUAUAAAAGUUCUCAAAGGUACUAGCUUUCUGGUCUCAUUUGGGAUCAUGUUAAUGAUUGAAACUCCUUGAUAACCUGGCUGAGGUCUAAGUUAAUUUGUGGCACUAACAGUAAAGAUUUCCUGAGCCAGGUAAAAACAGCCAGAAACGUAAUGCAAGAUGGAAGUUGAAACAGAACUAAAAUUUAUGAAAGUGUCUGCCAUGUGAGUCUACAGUAUGUAAUCAACUUAAAAACAAUGCUAUUAUGAAAGAUUUGGUGUAUGAAAGUAGAAAUAAGCCUUGUGUGUAUUUCAUCCAGGCUUAACCAUAUCUCUUGUGCCAUCUUAGGAAAGGUCAGGUUAAAAGAUAGGCCUUUCACUGGAUUUCAGGAGUCAUUGAACCUAGCUAAAACUUAUUAAAGUAAGAAGGAAAGAGAAUUUCAGGGAUCAAGGGCUUACCCAGAGACUGAGUAAUUCCAUUACAUUAGACAUUCUUAUAGUAAGACUUCUGGCUGAAAUAGUGGUGAUGUAAAUCGACUUGAUACAUACAUUUUGAUUGAUUAAUGUAGAGUCUUUACUAGAUCAUAAUACUUGGUGUAAGUACUUGUUGCUGUCACUGUCGUUAAAGAAAAUGAUGGGGUAUUUUGGUAGGUAAACUCAAAUCAUAGAUUUUUUCCCCUUUAUUAGAAACAAAUAAUCCAUGCCAUAAAGUGCAAUCCGCUGAAAUUGUCUAUUGUACUUCACCUAGAAUAAACCAAAAGAGCUGAGGUAUGGGCCUGUGGUAGGUACCUAACUCAGUACUACAGUUCUACUUAAAUCUCUUAAAACUUUGAAUAGGUUCAGGAUGCCACAGCCCUAUUCAGCUUUUCAAAAAGCCAAUCAAAUACGGAUGUUCCUACUGCUUCCUUUAUUGAGGCAGACAGGAAUUCCUAUUCUAGUGAUCAUGGUGCAUCUUAUACCCAUGGGCCUUAUACCCAUCAGAAGGCCCGGGUCCUACCAGUCUUCCUACCUGAUUAAGCCUGUCCUUGGAAGAGUGAUGCUUUUCGGUCCCAGAAAAGAAUCCUGGAACCAGCGUGGUACCAUGCGACGACGCUAUGAAGAUGAUGGCAUUUCAGAUGAUGAAAUUGAAGGGAAAAGAACUUUUGACUUGGAAGAGAAGCUCCACACCAACAAAUAUAAUGCAAAUUUUGUUACUUUUAUGGAAGGAAAAGAUUUUAAUGUAGAGUAUAUUCAGCGGGGUGGCUUAAGAGACCCUCUGAUUUUCAAGAAUUCGGAUGGACUUGGAAUAAAGAUGCCAGAUCCAGACUUCACUGUGAAUGAUGUCAAAAUGUGUGUGGGGAGUCGUCGCAUGGUGGAUGUCAUGGACGUGAACACACAGAAAGGCAUUGAAAUGACCAUGGCUCAGUGGACACGCUACUAUGAGACCCCAGAGGAGGAGCGAGAAAAACUCUAUAAUGUCAUCAGCCUAGAGUUCAGCCACACCAGGCUGGAGAAUAUGGUGCAGAGGCCCUCCACGGUGGAUUUCAUUGACUGGGUAGACAACAUGUGGCCGAGGCAUUUGAAGGAAAGUCAGACUGAAUCAACAAAUGCCAUCUUGGAGAUGCAGUACCCCAAAGUGCAGAAGUACUGUCUGAUGAGUGUUCGAGGCUGCUAUACUGACUUCCAUGUGGACUUUGGUGGUACCUCUGUUUGGUAUCACAUCCAUCAAGGGGGAAAGGUCUUCUGGCUCAUCCCCCCUACAGCCCACAACCUGGAGCUGUACGAGAAUUGGCUGCUGUCAGGGAAACAGGGAGACAUCUUUCUGGGUGACCGGGUAUCAGAUUGUCAGCGCAUUGAGCUCAAGCAGGGCUAUACCUUCGUCAUUCCCUCAGGCUGGAUUCAUGCUGUGUAUACUCCUACGGACACAUUAGUCUUUGGAGGCAAUUUUUUGCAUAGUUUCAAUAUCCCCAUGCAAUUAAAAAUAUACAACAUUGAAGAUCGGACACGGGUUCCAAAUAAGUUCCGCUAUCCAUUCUACUAUGAGAUGUGUUGGUACGUGUUGGAGCGCUAUGUAUACUGCAUAACCAACCGCUCCCACCUAACUAAGGAAUUUCAAAAAGAGUCCCUCAGUAUGGAUUUGGAGUUAAAUGGGUUGGAAUCUGGAAAUGGGGAUGAGGAAGCAGUGGAUCGAGAACCAAGGCGCCUGAGCAGUAGGCGCUCUGUCCUCACUAGCCCUGUAGCCAAUGGGGUCAACCUGGACUAUGACGGACUGGGCAAAACCUGCCGAAGUCUUCCAAGUCUGAAGAAAAGUUUGUCGGGGGACUCAUCCUCUGACUCUAGCCGGGGGUCCCACAAUGGCCAAGUGUGGGAUCCCCAGUGUAGCCCCCGAAAGGACAGGCAGGUGCAUCUGACCCAUUUUGAGCUUGAAGGCCUUCGCUGUCUUGUAGAUAAGUUGGAGUCUCUGCCACUGCACAAGAAAUGCGUCCCCACAGGGAUAGAAGAUGAAGAUGCUCUUAUUGCCGACGUAAAGAUUUUGCUGGAGGAGCUUGCCAACAGCGAUCCCAAGUUAGCCCUCACUGGAGUCCCUAUAGUACAGUGGCCAAAAAGGGAUAAGCUUAAAUUCCCCACCCGGCCAAAGGUGCGGGUUCCUACCAUCCCCAUCACAAAGCCUCACACUAUGAAACCAGCUCCUCGGUUAACACCUGUGAGGCCGGCUGCUGCUUCCCCCAUAGUGUCAGGAGCCCGGCGGAGACGAGUGCGCUGUCGAAAAUGCAAAGCCUGUGUGCAAGGAGAGUGUGGUGUCUGCCACUACUGCAGGGACAUGAAGAAGUUCGGGGGGCCUGGUCGCAUGAAGCAGUCGUGUGUCCUUCGGCAGUGCUUGGCACCCAGACUGCCUCACUCAGUCACAUGUUCCCUCUGUGGAGAGGUGGAUCAAAAUGAGGAGACACAGGACUUCGAGAAGAAACUUAUGGAAUGCUGUAUCUGCAACGAGAUUGUUCAUCCUGGCUGCCUCCAGAUGGAUGGAGAGGGGUUGCUUAAUGAGGAAUUGCCAAAUUGCUGGGAGUGUCCAAAGUGCUACCAGGAGGACAACUCAGAGAAGGCCCAGAAGCGGAAAAUGGAAGAGAGUGAUGAAGAAUCCGUGCAAGCCAAAGUCCUGCGGCCCCUGCGGAGCUGCGACGAGCCCCUCACGCCCCCGCCUCACUCACCCACUUCUAUGCUACAGCUCAUCCAUGACCCGGUUUCCCCUCGGGGUAUGGUGACUCGGUCAUCCCCUGGGGCUGGCCCCAGCGACCACCACAGUGCCAGCCGGGAUGAGCGCUUCAAACGGCGGCAGUUGCUGCGGCUGCAGGCCACAGAGCGCACCAUGGUACGGGAAAAGGAGAACAAUCCCAGCGGCAAAAAGGAGCUGUCUGAAGUUGAGAAAGCCAAGAUCCGGGGAUCGUACCUCACUGUCACGCUACAGAGGCCCACCAAAGAGCUCCACGGGACAUCCAUUGUGCCCAAGCUGCAGGCCAUCACGGCCUCCUCUGCCAACCUUCGCCAUUCCCCCCGCGUGCUAGUACAGCACUGCCCAGCCCGAACCCCCCAGCGUGGGGAUGAGGAGGGGCUGGGGGGAGAGGAGGAGGAAGAGGAGGAGGAGGAGGAGGAAGAUGACAGUGCAGAGGAGGGGGGUGCAGCCAGGCUGAAUGGCCGGGGCAGUUGGGCUCAGGAUGGAGACGAAAGCUGGAUGCAGCGGGAGGUCUGGAUGUCUGUCUUCCGCUACCUCAGCCGCAGAGAACUUUGUGAAUGUAUGCGAGUGUGCAAGACGUGGUAUAAAUGGUGCUGCGACAAGAGACUUUGGACAAAAAUUGACUUGAGUAGGUGUAAGGCUAUUGUACCCCAGGCCCUCAGUGGCAUCAUCAAGAGGCAACCAGUUAGCCUGGACCUCAGUUGGACCAACAUCUCCAAAAAACAACUGACGUGGCUCGUCAAUAGACUGCCAGGACUGAAAGACCUCCUCCUAGCAGGCUGUUCCUGGUCUGCAGUCUCUGCCCUCAGCACCUCCAGCUGCCCCCUUCUCAGGACCCUUGAUCUUCGGUGGGCAGUGGGAAUCAAGGACCCUCAAAUUCGGGACUUGCUGACUCCACCGGCUGAUAAACCAGGUCAGGACAAUCGCAGCAAGCUCCGGAACAUGACUGACUUCCGGCUGGCAGGCCUUGACAUCACGGACGCCACGCUUCGCCUCAUCAUUCGCCACAUGCCCCUCCUUUCUCGACUCGACCUCAGUCACUGCAGCCACCUGACAGAUCAGUCCUCCAAUCUGCUCACCGCUGUCGGGUCUUCCACUCGCUACUCCCUCACAGAGCUCAACAUGGCAGGUUGCAAUAAAUUGACAGACCAGACCCUGAUCUACCUACGGCGCAUCGCCAAUGUCACCUUGAUUGACCUUCGAGGAUGUAAGCAGAUCACUCGAAAAGCCUGCGAGCACUUCAUCUCAGACUUGUCCAUCAACAGUCUCUACUGCCUGUCUGACGAGAAGCUGAUACAGAAGAUCAGCUAAAACACACACAGCCCAGACUGAACAGGAAACCGAUCUUCCCCUGACUCCCCAGCCAGGAGAGCCUCUCUCCCCGACCCUGCACGGGCUCUGAGGCCAGCGUCACACUCCCUCUCUGCUCUCCUGCCCCUUGAGCCCUUUCCCUACAGGCUGGGCAGAGAGGGUGGUAGACACCAGGCUUACCUGCCUGCUCCUCUCCCUCCUAAGGAGAAAGGAGUAGCAAGCAAAUCGAUCCGAAUCCGAGGGGAAAGCACAGGCUCUGUGCUGUCAAGGUGCCUGCUCGCUUGCUCGCCUGCCCGCCCGCCCGCUCACUCACCGGCCAGGAGGCCAGGCUCUCAGUUUGGGGUGUCUGUGCAACCAUCAUCUGUGCUGGGCCCUGGGGCCCUUCUCCCCAUCCACGGUCCCCAGCCGUGCCUGGUUCUGAGCAAAUUUCCAGGGAAGAAAGCGGCCCUGUCUCCAUGGCCAGGUUCUCCUCGUGGUGUCCAGUGCGUGUCUCUCCUCUACCACACUCUCCCCGCGUAUGCAGGAGGGGCCAGCAGCAGCCCCGGGAAGGCUAGACCCGUGCCGAUCAUACUGGUGCUGUUGAGGUGUCUAAAACCUCUCAUCCGUGUCCACGCUCUCCCCCUCCCUGUAGCUUGAUCCUGUCCGAUGCUCGUGGUGGUUCACGUAAUGAGGUUACCCCACCCCAGACUUGCCCGCUAGUCUCUACGAGGUCCUUGUUGCACUUAUCGGGGUUGAAGCUCUUCAGAGGAGCCGGAACUGUGUACCCCAGGGACACCCCCAUUUUAUUGCUUCCUAGGCAGAUUCUGAGACAGGCACCAUCUCCUUGUUCCCCUCCCUCGUUAGCCUCCCACUGCCCUUUCCACAUGUUCCUCCUUCCUGCCUGGAUAGGACUUUCCCAGGAUGCGUGUCCUCAGAGGGAGCAGCCGAUAUCCCCCGGCUGGGGAGAGCAGAGAGCUGGGCUCGGUCCCACCUGCCUCCCAGCAGGCUCUGGGUCUCCAGUGGGUGUAGCCCCCAGAGCCCAGGCCUGUGUUUAGCCCCAGUGGCUCACUGAUCUAGCACCUUGUGGGGGGGAGGGGGGUCCUGCUUUGAAGCCAGUCACCUGCCCUCUGCCUGCAGCCGUGGAAGGGGGUGUGCAUGUGCCUCUGUGUGUGUGGCUGAGUGUAUUACACGUGUGUGUGGAGGGAGGGAGGGAGGGGAGCAUGGUGUCUCCCACCCCACCGCCCUGUGUUGAGCCCCAUCAGCUGCCCCCUUUUACUUUGCAUUGAACGGCCUGUCCAAAGAUCCUCUCUCUAGGGCAGCAGAGAGCUUUUUGCACUUUAAAAAAAAAAAAAAGGAAAGAAAGGUCGGAAUUUCUUUUGGGUCAAUAUUUAAGUGUGUGAGGAGAUGCUCAAUAGCAGCAGCCUGUGGCAAGAGCUUAUAAAGGACGGAUGCGGAUUUGCACUCUGCUCCCCACCUGUGAGGAUAGCGAUAGCACAACCUUGCCCCGCCUUCUCGUCCUCCGGCCCCUCCCUUCCUGGCCCCUUUCCUGCAGCCCAGCCUCGGGCUCCCCUCCUCCCAAAACCCUCCAGGGGGAGGAAACCCUACAGGGGAGGGGGAGGGGACGGAGCCCAGGCCCCGGGGGUCUGAAACGUGAGCCACCUUGAGGAGAGACGCCAACUGCACACUCGCCACUUCCAAAGCAAUAGAGGCAGAGGGGCCCCCUCUUUGCCACCUAGCCCAGCUUCGACCCUGGCAUUGACUGGCCUCCUGAGAGAAAACUGGGUCCUGGUAAGGGGUGGCAUUGUGUCUGUUUCUUCCAAUCUGCUGAUUCUCUUGGCUGCUCCUUAAAAGCAGCAGUCUGCUCCCACGACCCUCUGCCCCUUCCAUCGGUCUCCAGGCCCCAGUAACCUGGGGCUGAAACUUUGAGGAAAUGCCAGUGACUUAUUCCAGAGUGCCUCAGUUAGGGGAACUUCUCUGUAAAGAACCCUGGGUAUUGAGCAAAAACCUUAUUAAUAUUAUUGUUAAUGACCUAUAAUUGGAAGCUUCCUGCCUUUUUUUGGUUGCUCCUGUGGAAAGUACUGAAAAGAUUGUUUUGUUUUGUUGUCUUUUUAUAAAAGGGGAGGUGGAGAGACCCCCUCAGAGCAGGGAUUGUGCCGGGAGAGUGCCUCUGACUUUGGGACAUUUCAUCCACAGAAAUUUCCAAGCUGAUGGUUUGGGUUUUUUGGGGUUUUGGUUUUAAUUUUUGUUUGUUUUUGGUUUGGAAAAACAAGCAUUUUUACCGUGCACGUAAAUUGGUCAGCAGGAAAGGGAGCCCAGGAGGGCAGCAGUUGGACCUAUGCCCUUGCCGGGUUUCCUUUAUCUCUGGGACUGGAAGGGGGGAAACGGUUUUUAGAGGUGAGGGUUGGUCCGUGUGGAGGACAGAAAUGUCUCUGGGGACAGAGGAUCCCGGGAGUCCCAUCGCAUUUCCUGCAAUCUGCUCUGAGAUGUGGCCUUGCCAGGAGAGCCUGCCCUCCUCAGACCGCAGGGCCAGACACCCCGCCUCCAUCUUUCCGAGCACCGGGGCGAAAAACCACAAAGGAAAGGAAGAAAAUUUAUAUAUAUAUAAUAUAAAAUCACUUGGUGAUUAAAAAAAUAACUGCUCCAUAAAUAAAACUCCUAAAGUCACUAUGUUUAAAGGGUUUGGUUGUGUUUUUUUGUUUUUCGGAGAAAUAUUGUAAAUAUAUAUUUUUUGUUGCUGAUUUAGAGUCAAUCUCCAAUGUUGUGCUAAAAAAUUUAAAUUAAAUGUAAGCAUUAA